AAAAAAGCAUCUGUCUAUAGAGAUUAUGUUUUUCAACGUGUUGAAAUAGAACGUGCACGUAAUAGUAGUGUUUCUCAAAAAAUUCAAGAUCAUGAUGAACCUAUAGCAACUAUAUAUGAAAAUCGAAAUACUAAUGAACCAACAUUAUCAACACUUAUUUGGAUAGAAGAACCUUUCGUAACUUUUUCAGAUAAAACAUAUACAAGAACACCAUCAUCUACUCUUAUUAAUUCAAAUGAAUUAUUAAGAUUACAACCAAGUUUAGGUCUUACUAAUAGAAUGAAAUAA